UGAUUGGCUGCAGAGCUGCUGUCGUCAUCAGAGAAGAAAGAGGGAGAAAAGUAAAGUGAAGAGGAAACGAGAGGCGGUGAGGUUUUACCUGCUACAGUUGAACAGAGAUGGGCUCCCAGCUGUCAUCAGUAGAGGGCGUCCAUGUGGUGGUUGUGGGCGGCGGCUUCGGUGGCGUCAAUGCGGCGCAGCAGCUUCAGUCUCAGGGCCUCAGCUUCACGCUCAUCGACAUGAGAGACGCGUUCCAUCACAACGUGGCAGCGCUGCGAGCGGCGGUGCAGCCCGGUUUUGCUCAGAGGACGUUCAUCCCGUUCGCCGAGACGUUUGGAGACGCUUUCGUUCAGGGUCGAGUGGAGCGCGUGGACACGGACAGGCAGACGGUCGUCCUGCAGGGGGGGGCGGAAAUCCACUACUCUCACCUCAUCCUGUGUACGGGGACAGACGGACCGUUUCCUGGAAAGUUCAACACUGUGGCAUCACAUCAGAGAGCGGUGCAGGCGUACGAGGACUUUGUCCACCAGGUCCAGGCCGCAGACUCAGUCUUGGUGGUGGGCGGCGGCUCCAGUGGUGUCGAGAUGGCGGCCGAGAUCAAGACGGAGUAUCCAGAGAAGAAGGUGGUUCUGGUUCACUCCAGAGUUGGACUGGCUGACCCGGAGCUGCUGCCCAGUGUCCGACGGGAGGCCAAAGAGGUUCUACUGAGGAAAGGGGUGGAGCUUCUGCUGGGUCACAAAGUGAAGGAUCUGUCGCAGCUGCAGCUGAACGUCGUGCGCAGGAACACGAUGGUGACCACAGACAGAGGACAAACUCUGACCUGUGACCUGAUCAUCGACUGCUCAGGCCUGAAGGUCAACGCCGCGGCGUACAGAGACGACCUCAGUGAGAGCGUGACGGUCAGCGGCGCUCUGAAGGUCAACCAGCACCUGCAGGUUCACGGUUUCACCAACGUGUUCGCCGCCGGAGACUGCGCCCACGUCUGCGAGCCCAAGAUGGCGUACCACGCCCAGCUGCACGCCGCGGUCGCCGUUAGCAACAUCGUCAAAGGUCUGAAGGGGGAGGAGCUGACAUCAUAUAACACAGGUAACGUCACCAUGUUGUUGGCGAUGGGUCGAGAUGACGGCGUGGGACAGUUUAACGGCUGGAAGCUGCCGAGGUUCCUCGUCGUCCUGGGGAAAAGUCGCGAUCUCCUGCUGUGGAAGAGCUGGAGAGACAUGAAGCAGAAAUACACACAAUAACACCGCACACACACACUGUAACACAACACAACACACAC